AUGUCAAUAUUACAAGAUGAAAGGCUUGAUAAUUUCAUAAAUUUGUUAAAAAUAAUCAGAAAGAAUAAAAAAGAUAUAUUAGAAUUAUUUAAAAGUCGAGGAAUGUUUAAUCAACUUUUGGAAUUUGUUGAGGCUAAUUUGAAAAGGAUUCAGUCCGAAAAGAAAAAAGCGGUAAAGAAAAAUUCAAAAUCUCUAGGUUUUGAAUAG